UUUUGAAGUAUAUAAGCCAAGAAAAUAAUACAUCUCUCAAAUAUAAAGAAAAUAAAAAUCUUCCAUUCUCUAUGAUUCAUAAUAUAUCUUCUUCCUUUCAUAAAUUUGUGCGGCUACUACGUUUACAUCCCCACCAUUGUCACUACUCGCCCCAAACAAUCCUCACCGUCACCGCCGCCACUAUCACCCAUCUCUGCCGUACUAUGGCAACAGCCGUUGACCCAUCCAAUACUCGUCUGGGAUGGAUCGGUACCGGAGUAAUGGGCCGCUCUAUGUGCGCCCACCUGAUUAACGCCGGAUACACCCUCACUGUCUUCACUCGGACUCCAUCCAAGGCUCAGGAACUUAUCUCCAUGGGAGCCCACUGGGUUGACACUCCAAAGGCCGUCGCUUCUCAAUCCGACGUCGUUUUCUCUAUCGUUGGCUACCCUUCUGACGUUCGCCAGGUAAUCCUCGACCCAAACUCCGGCGCUCUUUCCGGUCUGCGUCAAGGCGGCGUCAUCAUAGAUAUGACUACUUCCGAACCUUCCCUGGCUGUUGAAAUUCACUCUGCAGCCUCUGCCGCUGGCUGCUCCGCCAUUGACGCCCCUGUUUCUGGAGGAGAUCGCGGAGCUCGGAAUGCUGCUUUAUCCAUCUUCGCCGGUGGAGAGGAAUCCAUUGUCCAAAGGCUUAAUCCAUUAUUUAACCUUCUUGGCAAAGUUUAUUACAUGGGUGCCCCCGGAAAAGGGCAGUUCACAAAAUUGGGGAACCAAGUAGUGAUUGCUUCCUCUAUGGUGGGACUAUGCGAGGGCUUAAUUUACGCGCAUAAAGCUGGUUUGGAUUUGAAUCAUUUUGUGGAUGCCAUUUCAACAGGCGCAGCUGGCUCAAAAUCAUUAGACUUGUAUGGAAGCAGAAUACUUAACAGGGAUUUGGAACCUGGAUUUUAUGUGAAUCAUUUUGUCAAAGAUUUGGGGAUAUGUUUGAGGGAAUGCCAGAACAUGGGUCUCGCAUUGCCUGGGCUGGCAUUGGCUCAACAGCUCUAUCUGUCGCUUAAAGCUCAUGGUGAGGGUGAUUUAGGAACCCAAGCUCUCAUUCUAGCCCUUGAGAGGAUUAACAAUUUGUCCCUUCAAUCUGAGGCUUCUGCUAUUGGCAAACCUUAGACUGAUUAUCUGUUUGAUCCUUGACCACUAUGUAUCCAUUUCUUAAUGUUAAAAUGUCCUGACAUUUGUAUUUUGUAUCGUUUAUCCUUCUAUGAAUGUUGAUUUUCUCACACAUAUAUAAGAAGGUGAGAGUUUGAAUA